AUGGUCUCUGUAAAUCACACCCAGAAUGGGACUGGUCCUCAGGCAGGUACGGUGACUUCAAUGCUUGAGCAACAGCAGACCAGUGCAGAAGAACUUGAAGACAAUCAAAAUGUCGAAGAGGGAGAUAUGUUGACUCUGUUCCAGGAGGACAGGAACGCUGUACAGACUGUGUGGUCGGACGCCAUCAUGCCGUACACCAUCAGUGAUGCGCUGGCCGACCGAAAGGAUAACAUCCUCUCUGCCUUCAAGAUGAUAUCGGAUGUGUCCUGCAUUCGCUUCGUACCGCACACCACGGAGUUCAACGUCCUCAACAUCGAAGAUGGCAAAGGCUGCGCCUCCUUCGUCGGUUGUCAAGGAGGAGAACAGCCGCUGUAUUACAGCAGCAAGUGUAGAGUGGGGAACCUCUGCCAUGAGCUCAUUCACGCUCUGGGUCUGCACCACGAACACACCCGCGAGGACCGGGACGAGCACAUCACGGUGCAGUGGGAGAGCAUCGUGCCAGGGAAAGAAUCAAACUUCAAGGUGCAACAGGGAAACACUCAGAACCUGCCGUAUGACAUCAACUCCAUAAUGCACUAUGGGCCGUAUUUCUUCAGUCAAGAUGGGAGUCAGACUGUGGUGCCCAAGCAGAGUGGGGCGGACAUGGGUCAGCGAACACACCUCAGCGAUCUGGAUAUCAAGAGACUAAACAAACUCUAUCACUGUGGUAAGUUCUUCACUGUCGUGUCAUAG